AUGGAUGAUUACAAGUUAGGUGAAGAUGAUACUGAAGAUGAGAUAGAAGUCACUGCCAAAUGGGGUAUCAAAGGCUAUGGGAGUGAAUUCUAUCAGAUUACUUCAUUAAUUGAUGAAUUUUUGUCUUCAGAUCCGAAUCAAAUUGAAGCAAUUUCUUCCUUAUUGAAGACAUUAAUUGAAGAAAUAAAUUCAAAACCUAAAGAAGCAACCAAAUCAUUAGAUAAUGUUCGCAAUUUAUUCUUUGAAAUACAAAUGUAUUUUCAAAAUUUCUACAAUGAACAGUACAUCGGAAUUAUUACUCAAUUACUCCUACUAAUGGAUACCAUUCUUACGAAAAAUGCAGAUUUUUCCAAAUUUAUAAUCGAUGUUUCCGAUGAUGAUCCCGAUCAAUUACUUGAUUCAUUUAUGAAGAUCCUAGAAGAUAGGACUGAUUAUGAAAAUUCACUUUACAUCUUAAGAGUCGGAAUUAUUUUUUCAAUUAUCGAAAAUUCCUCAAAAAACAAUGCAUUUAUUCUAUCAAUCAACCAAGAUUUUAUUGACUGCUUAAAUACAACAUAUUACGUUUUUGAUGCCAAUGCUUUGAGCAGCGAUCAUCUAAUUUCAAUAAAUUUUGUUCGCAUUUUAUACAAAUAUUUUAAAUCAAAGACAUACCUCGACAGAAAAACAGCCGAAUACAUCCUAGAACUCUUUAAUUUUCUUGCUUCAAAUAUAUUUUUUGAAGAUGAAAUUAUCAUUUCAAAUUGUUUAAGUGCACUCAACGAAAUGAUAACAAACCAUGAAGAUUUGAUACACAUGUUCAAUUCCUUUUCGAUUUACCAGACAGUUCCUGAUAUUCCAUGCAAUCCUGACUGUGAAAAAAUAAAAUUUGAUAUUUUCUCAAAUUCUUUACAUAUAUACGACGAAGAGACAAACAAAAAAGAGACAAAGAAAAUCAUUGCAGAUAUUUCUGCUUCUGUUCCAAUGGACUACAUAAUCUCUAGAUUAACAGAAGUGGAACAUCAUGAGCUUCUUUUUUCGGGUUUGACAUUGAUUUACAGCAAAUUACAUUUUGAUAAAUCAAUUGUUAAUUUGGACGUAUCGAGUUUGUGUAAUUUGAUGAAAAUAACAUGGGAACAUAUAGAUUUAGAUACAAAGGACCUCAUUACCGAUGUAGUUAUCUUGAUAUCGAAGUUCUCUGAUAAAGAAAAUUAUAAUAAUAUUAUUAACAGUGGAAUUAUCACUGAAGUUGUAGAUUUCGCACAAAACCAGCAUGAUAAAUGCAAGUCAUGCAUGCAAAUAAUGAUUAAUGCUGUAAAUUUGAAUCCGGAAUUUGCAAAACUUGAAAUGAUGCAGCAAUGCUUAGAUGAGUUACUAGAAUGCAUCGAAGAAAAUGAUUGGGAAGAUAUUGAAGAUCUUGGCGAUGUUUUGACAAAUAAAUUUAAUGAAAUUAAUUCGAAGGAAGAAUAA